CCACCUCACGCCUCCUCCAUCCGCACACCUCUCCACCUCGACACGCUCCACGACACUGCGACCGAACCAUCCGAUAGCCGAGACCACCGCGACUUCAGUUUGCUAGAUUGCAGCUGCCUCACUUUACUCAACAAAGCCGCAGCGCGCUUGCGCCAGCACGCGAGUGAGCGCGCAGCCAAUUUACGCACAGUAACAAUCAGCUUGUGACAAUACUGCGACAAUGCCAGACGUCAAGCGUACCGUCAAGCUCGUGACUAACCAGCGCGUCACCGAUGAUCCGCCGGAGGUCGAGGGUUUCCCAAUGCGAGCAUGGGACAUUAGCAUCUACCUCGUCGGUCCCGAUGGCGAAGACAUCCCAGCGAGCUGCUUCGAAAAAGCGACCUACCUCCUCCACGAGUCGUUCGGCAAGCGAAUGAGGCAGACUUUCAAGGCCCCCCCGUUCGCGAUCAAGGAGAAAGGAUGGGGUGAAUUCGACAUGGCAAUCACGCUCGUGCCAAUCGGAGCACCUAAGGGAGGUGAUCAGACUCUACAGCACGACCUCAACUUCCAGCAGGAGCGUUACGAGAGCACGCAUUCGGUCACUUUCCGGAAUCCAAAGGGCGAGUUGCUCGAAGCGCUGCGUCAAUCAGGGUCCGUCGGCGAUGCUGGUGCUACGAACGGUGCCUCAGCCGCGAAGCCAGAGAAGAAGAGACAGAAGCAGAACCGCAAUGUGGACAUGGAGAAGCUCGCGGAGGCCCUGCCACAACUUCCUGAGGAUGACCUCCUCCAGGUGGUGCAAAUGGUACACGACAACAAGAGCGAGGAGACGUACACUAAGAACGAUGUCGAGAAUGGGGAGUUCCACGUCGACCUUUACACCUUACCAGACCAGCUUAUCAAGAUGCUCUGGGACUUCACCGAGAAGCGCGUGGACAUGAGCGUUUUGGCUUAGAACUCCAACUUUACGAUGAUCCAUGGCAUGAGAAGUUGAAAAGUUCCUGAGCGCCAGGAGUAGCGACGAAGACUGUGGGAGGGGCCUCGGCACUAGGAUGCUGGAGGCACUGGGACAUCCUGGCAGAGAGACGUGCGACUACUGCUACUAUUGCUGCUGUACCAUUUGGCGGAGCGCGGCGUUAUCGGUGCAUUACGGGCAUUCACGAGCCGCGGCAAUAGCUAUGAGCGACCGUGGCAACGACGAUGAAGGGUAUCUCGUUCGGUCCGGUAUCAAAACUUUGGAUGAGUGAGAUGAAAUUCAAAUCAAGUUUCACAUUGCGUCGUAGCGAAUGUCAAUUCUGGCGACGGUAUGGAGCUGUGGUUGCAUGGACAGAUGCAUCGCACUGCCCGUUCGUUUAGAGUAUCUGUCAGUUGUUUACCUGCGGCAAUGGAAUAAUCCCGAUUUGAGGAGUGGCGUGACUGCCACAUGGCAUGCCGGGGGAGCUUUCAGUCCGCCAAGCUGUCGAAACCGGUGUGCUUGAUAGCCAACAUUGACGCGCGCAUGCAGAAACGGACCAUGAGCAUAUUUGUGGUUGGAAAGAGGAGUGCCUCGCGCCGCAAUGCAGCAGUAUUCAUCAAUGUCGAACUCGAGAUACGAGGCGAUGGAUCUUAAUAUACGAUGCACUGGAGCCACAAAUGAUGAUUACAGUAGACUACGUUUCGA